GCAGCUGGAAUUUCUUCCAAACGUACUAUGGGCCUCGCGGCCUAGACCACCGCUCCUUGACAACGGCACAGCAGCAUUAAACUCCAGCGGCGAGCACAACCAAGGCUGCAAUGUUCGUGGUUUCAAUCUCGCCUGUUGGCUCCAUGAUUGAGCUACUCCUUGUGGUUUUAUUGAUAGGACUACAUACAGUCAGUGGCCAGAGCAGCUUAAUACAGUGUCACUGCAAUAUCAACAGGCUAAGGGGCUCUGCGAUGGACGUAGUCUGUUCAAAGUCCAAGAAUCUUGCCGGGAAACUACAGUGUAGUAAAGCCGUCGUCCAGGACGUGCCGGCGGGCUACGAGUACGUGGAGCCGUGGGGGCUGUUCAAGCUGUACCGGCCGCACCUGGCGCGCGACGCGGCCUUUGCCACCUGCCAGCGCCACGGCGGCAGACUCGCCAUCCCCAGGGACAAGGCGGCGGCCGCCGCGCUGGGCAGCAUCCUGCGACGCGAGCCCGGCAUCGCCGCAGCCUUCGUCGGCAUACACGACAUCAUGACCGAGGGCAUCUUCUACGGCGAUGACGGCAAGUACCGCCCCAGACAAAUAGCGACGUACCAGGAGUGGCGGUACGGGGAGCCGGGCCACGGCAGCGACGACGACACGUGCGUCGUGAUGACGGACGACGGCCGGCUGGACGGGCUCAAGUGCGAGGUGCCGGCGCCCUUCCUCUGCGAGCGGCCGCAGGCCGGCCCCCUGCCCGCCGGCUACCGAUACGUGGACGGCGCCUCGGCCUUCCUCAAGCUGUACACGCAGGACAAGGUGGCCUACAGUUCGGCGCAGAAGGUGUGCGAGGCGGACGGCGGCGCGCUGGCGGUGCCGGACACGUGGCGGCGGGCGGAGGCCAUGAUCAAACUCAUAGCCGCAGCGGCGGGACACGUGUACGUCGGGCUCACCGAUCUGCAGUCGGAAGGCAGCUUCAUCACCAACGACAACACCAGGUACCUGUCGGACAUGGAAUUCGACGCGUGGGAGGCGGGCCAGCCGGACAAUGGCGACGGCUACGGCUAUGAGGACUGCCUGGCGCUGCACCCCAACGGCACGCUCUUCGACGUCGCGUGCCACCUGCCGCUCGCCUUCCUCUGCGAGCUGCCGCCGCCCUGA